AUGGUUGAUUUAGAUAACUUGCUAUUGGAAGCUGCUGGUAGAACAAACGCACCUCCUACUAGGGGACGCCAUUCUCAUCCUUCAUCAUCAUCAUCAUCCAGGAGACGUGAACGUGAAGAAGGUUCUUCCUCUGACUCAAGGGAAGAAGACUCUGAUGACUACCCUGCAACUAGGAAACCUCAAGUUCCUUUAAAGAAGAGUCUGGAAGCAGAGAGACAAGAAGCUCGAGAGGAUGAUGACAGCAGCAGCAGCAGCGAGUAG